ACGAUUUUCCCUUGUAUUUCCCGUUCGGUCCGCGCUGCAGACCUGGUGCCGUAUGUUGUGCAAAGGACGAAAUAGCGGCUGAGAGAUAGUAUUUGUAACAGCGGCGUGUUCGGGGUAGUGGUUUCAAGACAGGGAAACUUUGGGAGCAGAGGAAGAGUGUACUUCGCACCCAACCUGAACCCUGAGUGUUCACCCAUAUUUUAACACUAACUCAUCGGACUUAAUGCAUCAAAUUGCAAGGCCACCUGUAAGAUGAAUUUGUCACCAGAUCAUUGGAUAUUCUUUCUGUCUCUCUAGAAUCUGCUAAUCCUGUUACCAAUGAACCCAGCCAACAUGUCUGGGAUAAUGACAAUGUUGCAGCAGUUUGCCAAUGGCUUGAGGAGCAGGAAUGAAGAAACUCGCAUCAAGGCAGCCAAGGAUCUUCAGCAUUAUGUCACCACUGAACUUAGAGAAGUGAGCCAAGAAGAAGCCACUCAGUUUUAUGAUGAACUCAAUCAUUUCAUCUUUGAGUUUGUCUCUAGCUCAGAUGUAAGCGAACGGAAAGGCGGAAUUCUUGCUAUUGUAAGUCUUAUUGGAGUGGAGGGAGGAAAUGCCACCAGAAUCAGCAGAUUUGCCAAUUACUUGCGUAACCUGCUGCCCUCUAGUGAUCCUGGGGUCAUGGAAAUGGCAUCUAAAGCUAUGGGGCGCCUUGCUAUGGCAGGAGACACAUUUACUGCAGAAUAUGUGGAAUUUGAGGUGAAACGUGCCCUGGAGUGGCUGGGAGCAGAUAGAAAUGAAGGACGUAGACAUGCUGCGGUUCUAGUACUGAGGGAGCUGGCUGUCAGUGCCCCUACAUUUUUUUUCCAGCAAGUUCAGCCAUUUUUUGACAACAUAUUUUUUGCUGUGUGGGACCCAAAGCAGGCUAUUCGUGAAGGAGCAGUGGCAGCUUUGAGGGCCUGUCUGAUCUUAACCACACAACGUGAGCCUAAGGAAUUGCAAAAACCCCUGUGGUACAGGCAAACAUACGAGGAAGCAGAAAGAGGUUUUGAUGAGACAUUGUCUAAAGAGAAAGGUAUGAACAGAGAUGAUCGUAUUCACGGAGCACUUCUUAUAAUUAAUGAAUUGGUGAGAAUCAGCAGUAUGGAAGGAGAGCGACUUAGAGAGGAAAUGGAAGAGAUCACGCAACAACAAAUGGUACAUGACAAGCACUGCAAAGACCUAAUGACCUUUGGACUAAAGCCUCGGCAUAUUACCCCAUUUGCAAGUUUCCAGUCAGUACAACCUCAGCCUUCCAAUGCUCUGUUAAGCCUUUUAGGAUACACAGGGCAGCAGGGAAUAUUGGGAUAUGGCGCUGCCCCAAUGCCCGACAAAACAACCUUGGUAGAAAGCCGUGCAUGCAGAGAACUUGUGGAGGAAAAAUUUGAUCAGAUAUGUCGUUGGGUCUUAAAGUGUCGAAGCAGUAAGAAUCCCUUAAUCCAGAUGACCAUUCUGAAUGUAUUGCCACGUCUUGCUGCAUUCAGGCCAUCAGCAUUUACAGCUGAUCUGUAUCUCCCAGACACCAUGAGUCACCUUCUGAGCUGCGUGCGUAAAGAAAAAGAGCGUACUGUUGCAUUCCAGGCAUUGGGACUUAUUUCUGUUGCUGUUAGAUCUGAAAUUCGUUUAUAUUUGCCUAAAAUUCUUGAACAUGUCAAAGCAGCUCUGCCUCCGAAGGACUUUGCCCACAAGAGACAAAAGUCUAUUCAAGUUGAUGCCACUGUGUUUACCUGUAUCAGCAUGUUGGCCAGAUCCAUGGGUCCUUCAAUCCAGCAGGAUAUCAAGGAGCUUUUAGAACCUAUGCUGUCUGUGGGCCUUAGCCCUGCAUUAACUGCUGUUCUGUAUGAUUUAAGUCGUCAUAUCCCUCAACUGAAGAAAGAUAUUCAAGAUGGGUUAUUAAAAAUGCUUUCACUGGUUCUAAUGCACAAACCUUUACGGCACCCAGGAAUGCCAAAGGGCCUAGCCCAGCAGCUGUCCUCCCCUAGCCUUACCAAUAUUCCAGAAAUAAGUGAUGUUGGCAGUAUCACACUUGCUCUGAGGACACUAGGCACAUUCGAGUUUGAAGGGCACUCUUUGACCCAGUUUGUUCGACACUGUGCCGACCAUUUCUUAAAUAGUGAGCAUAAGGAGAUCCGCAUGGAAGCUGCUCGUACCUGCUCACGUCUGCUUACUCCCUCAAUCCAACUCCUCAGUGGUCAUGGUCAUGUGAGCCAAACUGCAGUUCAAGUUGUGGCUGAUGUUCUGGGCAAAUUACUAGUUGUUGGGAUUACAGACCCAGACCCUGACAUCAGAUAUUGUGUUCUGGCAUCAUUAGAUGAGCGUUUUGAUACUCACUUGGCUCAGGCAGAAAACUUGCAGGCUCUUUUUGUUGCCUUGAAUGACGAAGUUUUCGAGAUACGGGAGCUGGCAAUAUGCACGAUUGGUCGUCUGAGCAGUAUGAACCCUGCAUUUGUCAUGCCAUUUUUACGCAAGAUGCUUAUUCAGAUUUUGACUGAACUUGAACAUAGUGGAGUUGGCAGAAAUAAGGAACAAAGUGCACGUAUGUUGGGACACCUGGUAUCAAAUGCCCCAAGGCUAAUACGCCCCUAUAUGGAACCUAUCCUUAAGGCACUGAUUCUUAAAUUGCGUGACCCAGAUCCCAACCCUGGAGUCGUGACUAAUGUAUUAGCGACUAUUGGAGAACUGGCCCAGGUCAGUGGUUUGGAGAUGAGAAAGUGGAUGGACGAACUAUUCCCCAUAAUUAUGGACAUGUUGCAGGAUUCCUCUUUACUUGCAAAAAGACAGGUAGCUCUGUGGACAUUAGGACAACUUGUAGCAAGUACAGGUUAUGUUGUGGAACCUUACAGAAAGUAUCCAUCUCUGCUGGAGGUGUUGCUUAAUUUUCUUAAGACUGAACAAAAUCAGGGCAUACGCCGUGAGGCAAUCAGGGUACUGGGGCUUUUAGGUGCACUGGAUCCAUAUAAGCACAAGGUGAAUAUAGGCAUGAUUGACCAAUCAAGAGAUGCCUCUGCUCUAAGCCUUUCUGAAUCUAAAGCCAACCAAGAUUCUGCGGACUACAGCACUAGUGAAAUGCUUGUAAAUAUGGGAAACCUGCCUCUGGAUGAGUUUUACCCAGCAGUAUCGGUGGUCACACUAAUGAGAAUACUGAGGGACCAGUCUCUGUCCAACCAUCACACCAUGGUGGUUCAGGCUAUCACUUUCAUUUUCAAAUCUCUAGGAUUAAAAUGUGUGCAGUUUUUGCCACAGGUUAUGCCAACUUUCUUGAGUGCUAUUCGACUGUGUGAUAACAAUAUGCGAGAGUCGCACCAACCUUCUCCUCAAAAGAGGACAAGUCUGAUGUCCCCACAGUUCAUGUUUCAGCAAUUGGGAAUGUUGGUUGGCUUUGUGAGAAGCCAUAUCCGUCCUUACAUGGAUGAAAUCUUUGCUCUUAUUAAGGAUUACUGGACAAUGAACAACCCCAUCCAGAGCACCAUAAUUCUUCUCAUUGAACAGAUUGUGCUUUCACUUGGUGGAGAGUUUAAACUCUAUCUACCGCAGCUCAUUCCUCACAUGUUGCGUGUUUUUAUGCAUGACAGCAGUGUAGGACGUUCUGUUACUAUUAAGUUACUAAACGCUAUUCAGAUGUUUGGGGCUAAUUUGGAUGAUUACCUGCAUCUCUUGUUACCACCCAUUGUGAAGCUUUUCGAUGCUCCAGAUUCUCCCAUGCCAGCUCGGAAAGUGGCUCUAGAAACUGUGGAUCGGCUAACAGAAUCACUAGAUUUUACCGACUACGCAUCGCGUAUAAUCCAUCCUAUAGUUCGCACGUUAGAUAUGAGUCCAGAUUUGCGAAUAACAGCAAUGGACACACUUUCAUCAUUGGUCUUCCAGCUUGGAAAGAAGUACCAUAUAUUCAUUCCAAUGGUGAAUAAAGUGUUGCAGAAACAUAGAAUUUUGCAUCAGCGCUAUGAGGUACUAACCUGUAGAAUUCUGAAGGGAUACACUCUUGCUGAUGAGGAAGAGGAUCCUUUGAUUUACCAACAUAAAGCACAAAGAGGGAAUCUUAGUGAGACUGCCAGUGCCCCCCUGGAUGCAGGACCAAUGAAAAAGCUUCAUGUCAGCACUACCAAUUUGCAGAAGGCUUGGGGAGCGGCUAGGAGAGUCUCUAAAGAUGACUGGCUGGAAUGGUUGAGACGGCUUAGUGUGGAGUUGCUAAAGGAUUCUUCUUCACCUGCAUUACGGUCCUGUUGGUCCUUAGCACAAGCAUAUAAUCCUUUGGCUAGAGACCUUUUUAAUGCAGCUUUUCUGUCAUGCUGGUCAGAGCUCAAUGAGGAUCAGCAAGAUGAACUGAUCCGCAGUAUCGAGUUAGCUUUAACUUCCCAGGAUAUUGCGGAAGUAACACAGACACUGCUGAAUUUGGCCGAGUUCAUGGAGCAUAGCGACAAGGGACCUUUGCCACUAAGAGAUGACAAUGGGGUUGUACUUCUUGGAGAAAGGGCAUCUAAAUGUAGGGCAUAUGCCAAAGCACUUCAUUAUAAAGAAUUAGAAUUCCAAAAAGGACCUUCUCCUGCGAUUCUAGAAUCACUUAUCAGUAUUAACAAUAAGCUCCAGCAACCAGAAGCAGCAUCUGGGGUUUUAGAAUUUGCAAUGAAACAUUAUGGUGAAAUGGAGAUUCAGGCUACAUGGUAUGAGAAAUUGCAUGAGUGGGAGGAUGCGCUGGUUGCUUAUGACAAAAAGAUUGAAGUCAACAAGGAUGAUUCCGAGCUGAUUCUAGGACGCAUGCGCUGCCUGGAAGCACUAGGAGAAUGGGGACAGCUUCAUCAGCAGUGCUGUGAAAACUGGACCAAUGUUAAUGAGGAUGCUCGAGCUAAAAUGGCACGAAUGGCAGCAGCAGCUGCAUGGGGAUUAGAGCAGUGGGACAGCAUGGAGGAAUAUACAUGUUUAAUCCCAAGGGAUACUCAUGAUGGAGCAUUUUACAGAGCAGUGCUGGCUCUCCAUCAGGAUCUCUUCUCACUGGCCCAGCAAUGUAUUGACAAAGCCAGAGACAUGUUGGAUGCUGAACUGACUGCAAUGGCCGGAGAAAGCUAUAGCCGGGCCUAUGGAGCUAUGGUCACCUGUCAGAUGCUUUCUGAGCUGGAGGAGGUUAUCCAGUACAAAUUGGUACCCGAGCGCCGUGAAAUUAUACGCCAGACCUGGUGGGAUAGGCUGCAGGGAUGUCAGCGUAUUGUCGAAGACUGGCAGAAGAUUUUAAUGGUUCAGUCUCUUGUGGUGAGCCCGCAUGAGGAUAUGAGAACUUGGCUGAAAUAUGCAAGCCUAUGUAGCAAGAGUGGACGUUUGGCUUUGUCCCAUAAGACAUUGGUUAUGCUCUUAGGAGUUGACCCAGCUCUUGAAAGCGACCAGCCCUUACCUACUGCACAUCCACAGGUCACAUAUGCCUACAUGAAGUACAUGUGGAAGAGCACUCGAAAGAUUGAGGCAUUCCAGCAUAUGCAGAAGUUUGUGAACAAUAUGCAACUUCAGGCUCAGCAUGUGGCAGAUGACCCUCAGCACAAACAAGAGCUGCAGAAACUCAUGGCCAGGUGUUUUUUGAAACUUGGUGAAUGGCAAUUGAAUCUUCAAGGCAUUAAUGAAUGUACUAUUCCAUGUGUUCUGGAGUAUUACAGUGCAGCCACUGAACAUGACCACAACUGGUACAAGGCCUGGCAUGCCUGGGCUGUGAUGAACUUUGAGGCAGUUCUGCAUUUCAAACACCAGAAUCAUCCCCGUGAUGAAAAAAAGGUGCGUCAUCCCAGUACUGCCAGUGCGCCUCCCGAAGGCAGUGAAAGUGAGAGUGAAGGCGAGAGCAAUGACAACAGCCCUGUGUCUUCUCCUGUGCAGAAAAAACCUUCAGAGGAUAUAUCUCACACCCUUUUAUUGUAUACUGUCCCUGCUGUGCAAGGCUUUUUCCGUUCCAUCUCUUUAUCUCGAGGGAAUAACCUUCAGGACACACUGAGAGUCCUUACGCUGUGGUUUGAUUAUGGGCACUGGCCAGAUGUAAAUGAGGCACUAGUGGAAGGAAUCAAAACUAUUCAGAUAGAUACAUGGUUACAGGUGAUUCCACAGCUUAUUGCAAGGAUAGACACGCCAAGGGCUCUUGUAGGCCGUCUUAUUCAUCAGCUUCUCACAGAUAUUGGCAGAUACCAUCCACAGGCUUUAAUUUACCCACUCACAGUGGCCUCUAAAUCAACAACCACCGCUCGCCACAAUGCAGCCAAUAAAAUUCUAAAGAACAUGUGUGAACAUAGCAACACGUUAGUGCAGCAAGCCAUGAUGGUAAGUGAAGAGCUUAUUCGUGUGGCUAUUCUUUGGCAUGAGAUGUGGCAUGAAGGCCUAGAAGAAGCAUCACGCUUAUAUUUUGGCGAAAGGAAUGUGAAAGGGAUGUUUGCUGUACUUGAUCCACUGCAUGCCAUGAUGGAGAGGGGACCUCAGACUCUUAAGGAAACCUCUUUUAAUCAGGCAUAUGGUAGAGACCUUAUGGAAGCUCAGGACUGGUGUAGAAAGUACAUGAAAUCUGGAAAUGUAAAGGAUCUCACACAGGCCUGGGACCUAUAUUACCAUGUUUUCCGAAGAAUCUCAAAGCAGCUGCCUCAGCUCACUUCUUUGGAACUUCAGUAUGUAUCCCCAAAAUUACUUAUGUGUCGAGAUCUGGAGUUAGCUGUGCCAGGAACAUAUGACCCAAAUCAACCAAUCAUACGUAUUCAGUCUAUUGCACCAUCUCUUCAGGUCAUAACCUCCAAACAGAGGCCUCGAAAAUUAACCUUAAUGGGUAGCAAUGGGCAUGAAUUUAUGUUCCUGUUAAAGGGGCAUGAGGAUUUGCGUCAAGAUGAGAGGGUAAUGCAGCUCUUUGGGUUGGUGAACACAUUGCUGGCCAAUGACCCGGCAUCUUUACGUAAAAACUUGAGUAUCCAGCGAUAUGCUGUAAUCCCCUUGUCCACAAACUCAGGACUGAUUGGAUGGGUACCGCAUUGUGACACACUUCAUGCAUUAAUUCGAGACUAUCGUGAAAAAAAGAAAAUUUUGCUGAAUAUUGAGCAUCGAAUUAUGUUAAGGAUGGCUCCAGAUUACGAUCACCUAACGUUAAUGCAAAAAGUGGAGGUUUUUGAGCAUGCUGUGAACAAUACUGCUGGCGAUGACCUAGCAAAGUUACUUUGGCUAAAAAGCCCCAGCUCUGAGGUCUGGUUUGACAGACGAACAAAUUACACACGUUCCUUGGCAGUGAUGUCUAUGGUGGGAUACAUCCUUGGACUGGGAGACAGGCACCCAUCUAACCUGAUGUUGGAUCGACUCAGUGGGAAAAUCCUACAUAUAGACUUUGGGGAUUGUUUUGAGGUGGCCAUGACAAGAGAGAAGUUCCCAGAAAAGAUCCCAUUCCGCCUAACACGAAUGUUAACCAAUGCUAUGGAGGUGACAGGACUUGAUGGAAAUUACAGAAUAACAUGCCAUACAGUGAUGGAGGUAUUAAGGGAGCAUAAAGACAGUGUCAUGGCUGUGCUAGAGGCUUUUGUAUAUGAUCCUCUACUAAACUGGAGACUCAUGGAUACCAACAUAAAGGGCAAUAAGCGCUCUCGCACACGGACAGAUUCCUACUCAGCUGGACAGUCUGGAGAAAUAAUGGAAACUGUAGAACUUGGGGAGACUGCACAUAAGAAAACUGGAAGCACAGUUCCAGAGUCCAUUCAUACCUUUAUUGGGGAUGGUUUGGUGCAACCAGAAGCUUUAAAUAAAAAAGCCAUCCAAAUCAUUAAUCGGGUACGAGACAAGCUAACAGGUCGAGACUUUUCUCAUGAAGAAACUCUAGAUGUAGCCACACAAGUGGAGCUCUUAAUAAAACAAGCCACAUCUCAUGAGAACCUUUGUCAGUGUUACAUUGGAUGGUGCCCUUUCUGGUAAACAGGCUUUUGAGGGACCUUUUAUGGUUUUGGCAUAUAUUACAUUGAUUUGGCCGCGCUCAGUGAGCUGAACAUUUGAAGAUCCGAUUAAAGAAUGGAAAAAAACAUAGUUUGAAUGAAUGAUGGGAUCUACAGUGAAUUACAGGGAAUAAUUUUAUAUAACCCUUUUAAACAAUUAUUUUAUUUUGUGAGGGUUUUGCUUACCACUCUCUUCUACUUCAAUCAUGCAUACAAAUUGAAAGCUGAGCAAGUGGUUGCUGAUCUGGCUGCACUGUAUGAAACCUUACAGUUUCUGUUAGCUGGAAUGUUGUAAGUGGACCAUAGAUUUUGUGUCAAAUCAAAGAGAAGUAAAUUCAGGACAUGCUAAUAAAAUGUUAGUGUACCUUUGUAGGAUUAUGUUUGUGUACCACAGAGUUCUAUGGUUUGUUUUGUAAAUAUUAUGUUACGGCAAAAAGAUACUUAAACAUUAUGCUUUAGCAUUCAAACCUUGAAAAUGAACAAUAAUGCUCUGUGCUUAAAACAGGAAGAAUGAUUUUAUAAAGGGGUUCAGAACAAACUUAAUUCAAUCUUUCAAAGAAUAAAAGCCUGUUUUAAGUAUC